CUGCCGCACUGCCGCGGACCACCCUGUCCAGCAAAAGCACUUCUUUCGGCGGCGGCGGCGCGAAGGCAAAGCCGGAAGAAUUAGGGUUUAAGCCAUGGCGGCCGAGGACCAGAUCCCGCGAGCGCAAGCCAACCCCGAGAAGACCAAGAAGCGGAAGAAGCCCAAGAAGGACAAGUGGGGGCAGCCCAUCGCCGCCGCGGCCGACGAGCCGGCCGUCGAGCAGGUGCAGGAGCAAGAGGCACCUGAGGAGCCUGUCGCAGCGGCGGCGGCGGCGGCGGAGGGUGGGGAGGGCGCGGGGAGCUAUGAGCGCGGCAAGGUGGUGGCGAGCGGCAUGCCGUACACGACCACCGAGGAAGAGAUCCGGGAGCUGUUCGACCAGUUCGGCCCCAUCCGCUCCCUCCAGCUCUCCCGCUUCCCGGACUCCGGCAACUUCCGCGGCCUCGCCUUCGUCACCUUCGAGUCAGAUGAAGUUGCCAUGAAAUCUCUGGAGCUUGAUGGAUCCAAAAUCGGUAACAGGUUUAUGAGGGUCGAAAGAUGCAGGGUAACUGCUAGCUCGAAGAGGCAAAAGAAGACAGAGUUCCAAUCCGAUCCUGAGAAGCCUGAUGGCUGCCUCUCAGCUUAUGUCGGCAAUCUCUCAUGGAACAUCACCGAGAAGGACUUGAGGGAUUUCUUCAAAUCAUCAAGGAUUGCAUCAAUAAGAUUUGCCAUCGACAAUCGAACCGGAGAUUCUCGUGGUUUCUGCCAUGUUGAUUUCGAGGACGAUGAAUCGCUCGAGAAAGCUGUUGGGAUGAAUCAAUCUGAACUGCGGGGAAGACCUGUGAAGAUAGCGUAUGCUAUCAUCAACAGGGCUUGAAGGCUGGCUAGCUGGUGCUCAACAUUUCGCAUUAUUGAGCUAGUGAGAUUCAGUUGUAAGGUCUUGCCCCCUUCACUGUUUCCAUUAUGUUUCUAUAGACCAAACAUGCCAUAUAUUGGCCAGAAGUAAUGAUCGUGUAACAAAUACUUUUGGGCUGCAUCUUAUCAAUCUAUCUUAAAAAUCA